CGACCGUUCUGCCGCCCGCAGCUGCAGUAGGGUAGGAGUAGGGUGUGUUCCUGCUCUCACGCCCCCCUCGCUGUGUCACACACGCAGCAGCAGUAGGCCGGGCUCCGGGUACCGCUGCUGCCACUGGUGUGUGACUGUGACCGAGGCUGCUGAUGGUGCACAGACAUGCUGCUGCCGCUGCCCCCCUCAGUCACCGCGCUACUAUUAGAUAUAGAGGGCACCACUACCCCGAUCACGUUUGUGAAGGACAUUUUGUUUCCUUAUAUUCAUGACAAUGUUGAAGAAUAUUUGCAGAAACACUGGCAAGAAGAAGAGUGCCAGGAGGAUGUUCGGCAGCUAAGAUUACAGGCAGAAAAAGACUGUGGACUGAAUGGAUUUGUGCCUAUUCCAGAUGUAACCGAUAAUAAUGCAGAGUUGCAACAAGUCAUACAAGGCGUAGUGAAUAAUGUUCAUUGGCAAAUGUCACUGGACAGAAAGACUACAGCACUUAAGCAGCUCCAGGGCCAUAUGUGGAGGUGUGCAUAUGCUACUGGACAAGUUAAAGGAGAGGUAUACGAGGAUGUGCAGCCGGCAUUGAGAAAAUGGAGGAAUGCGGGCCUGAAGUUAUAUAUAUAUUCUUCUGGCAGUGUUGAAGCACAGAAGCUCCUGUUUGGACACUCAAUCGAAGGUGAUCUGCUUAAGUUCUUUCAUGGGCAUUUUGAUACCACCAUUGGUUCCAAGUUAGAAAGUGAGAGCUACAGAAAAAUUGCUGAAAUAAUUGGAUGCUCCACUGGGAACAUUCUUUUUCUCACAGAUGUUACUAAAGAGGCACAAGCUGCGGAGGAAGCAGGAGUGCACGUGGCUCUAGUAGUAAGAUCUGGCAAUGCAGCACUAACGGAUGAGGAGAAAUCAGCGUACCGGCUUAUAUCAUCAUUCGAUCAGCUUACCUUGCCUUCCAAACAAUGAGCAGAAGAUGUUUCAUAACUGCAUAAUACUGUUGUUUUUUUGUUCAAAUGUAAUUAAAAUAAUGAAACACUAGAA